AUGACAGUUCUUCCAGCAGCUGAUGCACCGAUCCCCAUCUUCACCACCCUGAAAGAAGUGUAUGGCAGUCUUGCGACAGCAGCCAAGCACGCUUUGUUCUUCGCAUUGUUUCUGGGUAGAGAACGGUGGGACGAGCUUGUCAGAGAAUUCGAGACCAAGUUCGGGCAUAAACCCACCUAUAUCGCCCGAGCCCCAGGCCGAGUCAACCUCAUUGGUGAACACAUAGAUUACGCGGACUUUGGCGUUUUUCCAGCAGCUAUAGAACAUGAUAUUCUCAUUGCUUGUGCUCCACGGCCAGCGUCUAUCGCUGCCGCGCAUCCUGACCGUCAUGCACCAGGCUCUGUCGUAGCUGAGAACCUUCACACUCGUUACACACGUCAGGUCUUCAUGCCGACUCGCCGUCACACGCUUGGCGACGACGUUCCCCUCGACGCCGUGCGUGUCGCCCCUUGGCAUUUGGAUAUCGAUAAAAGCGAGUUACGAUGGGAGAGUUAUGUCAAGGCGGGGUAUUAUGGCGUCCUGAAUCACUUCUUCUCUCCAUCGUCCAUAUCCCCCGUUCCUGUUCCUGUUGAUAUUCUCGUCACUGGAAAUGUUCCACCUGGCUCCGGUCUCUCAAGCAGCGCGGCCAUGGUCGUCUCGAGUACGUUGGCAUUUUUGGCAGCUAACGGUAUUUUUGAGGGUGAAAAGGUCCCAACCAAGGGUGAGCUGGUAAAGAUUGCAGUGGAGAAUGAGAGACGAGUUGGGGUGAACAGUGGAGGGAUGGACCAAUCAGCUUCCGUGAUCGCUCUUCCUGGCAGCGCACUAUAUGUUUCUUUCGUGCCUUCCCUUCAUGCGGAGCCAAUCGGACUUCCGCGCGAUGCCGUGUUUGUCUGUGCUAAUAGCCUAGUCGUGUCCAACAAAGCGGAAAGCGCUAAACACCAAUACAACCUCCGUGUUGCGGAGACCCUUGCAGCCGCCCGCCUCCUCUCUCAUUAUCUUAAUCUCCAAGUCGACUCCACAGACGGCGAUAACACGAAGCGACGUCUCGUGACCCUACGUGAAGUCCUCGCUCGGAAGAGCGGCUUCUAUCGAGAUGAGCAAGAUGCGCAGUUGGAAGAUCUUGUGCAGCUACAGAAAGGAUUGGUGGACAUGUUGGGGAUUGCUAUGGACUAUUUGUUGCCAGAGUUUGGCGAUAGAACAGAUAUAUCUCUAGAUGAGAUGAUCGACAAGAGUGGGAUGGACGAGGCAGAAUUUAGGGAGGCGUAUCUUUCGGGGGUAGACGCGAAAACAACUAACUUUGAGCUGUACCUCCGUGCUCAGCACGUUUUUGAAGAGGCGCUCAAAGUGCUCAAAUUUAGGGAGGUCUGCUUAACUGGAGGAGGCAACGAAGAAUCCAAGCUCCAGACCCUCGGUAAGCUUAUGAACGACUCGCACGACAGCUGCCACAGGCAAUUCGACUGCUCCCAUCCGAAACUGAACGACCUCGUCCGUGUCGCGCGGAGCUUUAGGGAAGUGGAGGACGGGACGAGGGAAGGGGAGAAUAUAUGGGAGUCGCAUGACCUGGUGCGUUCUUUUUCAUACACCCUAUUUUGCUCUGAUUUUGAUGCGCUUGAAGGCGCUGGCUGGGGCGGCUGCACCGUCUCUCUCGUACAUCGAGAAGAUGUGGAGGCGUUUAUCAUGCACGUGAAGAAGAAAUAUGCGUCGUAUGAGGGUAUGAGUGAGGAGGACCUCGCGAGCUGUGUGUUUGCAACAGAGCCGGAGAUGGGCGCGAGUGGUGAUUUUUGGUUUUGA